AUGCAACAACAACUGCAAAGUGUCAGAAGUCGUAUACCACGCGAACUAGCGGACAACAAGGUUGUGCUUUUCCAUCUAUACCAAGCCGAAGUGGCUGUAUAUGAGUCCGCGCUGUCGAGAUCGGCCACACGGGUCGAAGACGUAGAUGUCAGUCGUAUCAGCCAUCUUUAUGCCUGCUUAUUAGCAACCAAGAAUUGGCUUGAUCUCCUUCUCACAGUCAGUCCUGAAGAAUAUGUCUUCCUGCCCGUAACGAUCAUCUUCCAGGUCUCACACUGCCUGAGUACCUUGUUCUAUCUUUCUACAUUAGAAUACCCGGGCUGGGAUAAAGAAGCGGUUACCCGAACAGCUGAUCUCCAGUCUAUCUCGCAGGAGGUAACUGACCGACUGGAUUCGGUGGCCGAAGCGGCAGGCAUUCAGAACGAAGGCACGGAUGGGGAUUCAUGGAGCAAGGCGGCCAGAAUCCUUCCUAUAUUGAAGACCAGUUGGGCGUCUAGGCUCCCGAACGCUGUAGCUAUAGGUGAAAACUCAGACGGACAGUCGUCGGCUCUUCCUAGUGUUGAUGAGGACUUUCUCGAAGCAUACCUCAAUUGGCCGGAUGUAUGGCUGAUGGAAUCGUGGAUGCAGGCGACUCAGAGCGGAUUGUGA